AUGACAUUUGCUGUUAGACAGUGGUUUUUAUUUCACACUAUCCUCAUAGUCAGUUUAAAUAUUAUUAUUACAUGGAAGUAUACUACAUGCGCAGAUUAUGGUGAUCAAAGUUAUCAAUUUCAAACAAACUCAGACUACACCUAUGAGUUACCCGAUUCACAAGGCUUUCUAGUUGACUUUGAUCAACAAUGGCCGUCUAAAGAUGUCAACGCAAAACUAGGAGUAAUAUCAUCGAUUAAAGCAGCCGAUGAAUCUGGCUCAGAUGUCUAUGUUCUACAUCGUGGUGACAGAAUAUGGGAUAUGAACACAUUUGAUCAACAGAAUAACUAUCGUCUAAAUAAAUCUGAACCAAUCAAAGAUGGGGUUUUAGUACGUAUACUCGAUGGAGAGAUAAGAGAAACAUAUUUGCCUGAAAAAUUUUAUCUUCCACAUGGACUGACAAUAGAUCCUGAUGGAAACUUUUGGAUAACAGAUGUUGCUUUACAUCAGGUUUUCAAGUUCUCUCCACACUUAUCAAGCAAACCAUUAUUAGUGUUAGGAGAACGAUUCAAACCUGGGUCUGGUGAAAAUCAGUUUUGUAAACCAACUGAUGUUGUUGUCAGUACCAAUGGUCAAGUAUUUAUUUCUGAUGGGUAUUGCAAUAGUCGUAUCAUGAAAUUCGAUGGAUCUGGGCAACUUUUAAAAUCAUGGGGUCAUGAAACUAUAAAUCGAACACAUCCUGGACCAAAUGAACUUAACCUACCACAUCAAUUAGCAUUGUUUGAAAAUGAAGAUACACUAUGCGUAGCAGACAGAAUUAAUGCACGUGUUGUCUGUUAUAAAGCUGGUUUAUAUUCCGAUAAUAAUGAAGACACUGGAAAAUAUUUAUUUGAAUAUAUUCAAUCAGAAUCAAGACCUAUUUAUGGUGUUACAAUUGAACCAAUACAAAAAUUAAUAUUCGCUCUUGUUGGAUCAACUGAAGGCAGAGACGAUUCAAAAGUGGAAAUUAUUGAUUUUACUACACAAAAUAAAAUUGACGAAAUCAAAAAUUAUUGGAAGACGGGUUUCGGUGAUGUACACUCAAUAUCAACUUGUCCAUAUGUGUGGAAAACAAGUUGUCUACUAUUCUGUAAUACAAAUACACCAUCGCAGUUAAAAAGACAAUUAUCUCAGAGAGUAGAAGGGAAUUCAGAAGAACAAGAUGAAGCACUACAAGAACAACUUGAUCGACGUUUAUGGCUUUAUCAUUUAUCAUAUGAUACUGAACAGAAUCGGAUUUAUUAA